CGAGUGCGAUUUAGUUCAAGAUUCAUUCAGUUUAGAGAUUACAACUUGCCGUGCAUCGAUUGAGCUGGGAGAAACCCUCAGUCGUCACGAUGAGCUGUUUGGUGUUUGUAGCGUCAGCUUUGCUGAUCUUUAGUACUGUUGAUCUUGGUGAAAGCAAGCUACCCCCAAUUCAGGUGUUCAACGAUGACCUGACUACGGCAAUGAUGCCCAACGAGCGAGAAUCGCUGGACGAUUGUCACCUGCGGUACUACAAGUACGGCUUGCGGGACUACGCAGGUGGCCCGAUAUUCAACGAACCAAAGAGGGCUUCCACCGAGUUUGCUCACCUGGCCGCAAUCGGCCAAACCCAGCGCGAUGGCACCGUCAGCUGGAUUUGCGCAGGAACGCUGAUUUGGGAGAACUACGUGCUGAGCUCGGCUCGCUGUACCGGUGGCGGUGAAGUUGGGCCCAAUGUGGUGCGACUGGGUGAUGCCCAGCAGGUUGGAAUAGCCGAAAUAAUUGUGCACCCCUCGUUCAACCGGGAAUUCCCAGCUUAUCACGAUGUCGCACUGCUGAGACUGGAGCAAAAUGUCACGUUCUCACCGACAACUGCUCCAGCUUGUAUGUGGAAAGAUGAAAAUGUCCCAUUUCCCACCAUGGAAGCUGUUGGGUGGGCAAACCUCGAAGAUCUGACUCCAUCAAAAGUAACGCUGAGACAAAUAACGGGAUCUUCCGCGUGUAACCGUGCUCCACCUAGCGGCCUCGGGGAACAAGCUAGGCAUCAGACGCUCUGCGCAAGUCGUGCCACUUUGAACGAAUGUCCGGCAGGUUUGGGAGCCCCCCUGCACAAGAAGCUGCUUCACAACGGGAAAAUGACGCCCUUCCUGGUUGGGAUCGCCUCGUUCGAUUCUUCGUGUGAAGCGGCAAAUCCAGCCGUGUAUUCCAGGGUGUCGUAUUUCUACAGCUGGAUUGAGAACACGAUAGAUGAGAAGGAGCCGAGUUUUCGAGAAUGGCGAAUGAACCCUGUCGGAUGUGCGUUCCUUAGGUCUUACCUGCGCAAUCAGGAAACUGAAGUAGUUGUAGGAGAGACAAAUGACGCACAGACGCUUGAUGUCAGCAGAGCACUCGUCAGUUAUGCCAGCAACGAGUUCAACCAUGUGGUAGGAAUUUACUGGGAGAACUAUCCUUAUCGUCGAGAAAACUGCACCGGAACUCUCAUUUCGGAUGACACAGUAUUAGUUCUAGCAGAAUGUACUUCAAACUUCGGAGUGGCCGCCACGCAUGUCUCCAUCGGAUGGUUGCUGACUACGGAAAACUACCCCAUUUCCGAGACCGUAAUUCAUCCAGAGUACGUAGAGGGCUCGCCAUACAACAACAUUGCCGUCCUGAAGCUGGGUAAACGCGUCAAGUUCUCCACGAUUGUUCGACCGGCUUGCAUCUGGACCUCGCCGGAGAUUCCGCCCAGCCAGGUGGACGUUCUAGGCCGUGGCCGUCAGGACAUCAACUUCUUCGUACGGGACGAACAGUUUGACUCAUUUUGGCCCAUGGAUGCCAACUUGACCGCACGACACAAUGUCAACUCCGUCAGUAACUGCUCCCUAACAUCGGAAAGCCGACGCAAACUCAACCGUGGACUUGCCGAGGAGCUUCUCUGUACGCGAAAUCCCAACUUUUUGGUUCCCGAGUCGUGUCGAAUACUGCCAGGGGCUCCGGUGCAGCUUCCGAUCGUACGGAACGGUCGAUACUUUCACUAUGCGCUAGCGUUGAGCCAGUUUGGAUCCAACUGUGGAUUCGGAGAGUCCACGAUAUCCACUCGUCUUGCUCCGCACAUCAACUGGUUGCAGACCACUCUGCUGCCAAACUUUCGCGAUGAAGCUGCCGCUGUUCAGUACGUCAAUCCGGACUGGGCCGAAGGCGAACCGUGCACGUAUGACUUUGAGGAUGAAAUUAAAGGAGUCUGCACUCAGUAUCUCAAGUGUCCCAAGGUUUGGAACGACUUCAAAGCCAAACGACGAGUUAACUUUUGUAACUCAGCGAGUGUGAUCUGCUGUCCGAAACGUUACAUCGCGCAAGAAGGUCCAAAACCGCGAAAUGUUCUAGACACGUGCUCAGCGGAUUUUAGUCAACACCACAAAGCUGUAAACAACCUGAAAGAAUUACUAGAAUUCCCAUACAUCGUCACCGUAACGUGGAACAACAGCCCCAAAAGAUGCCUCGCAACGCUCAUCAGCACGCAGUUGGUCAUUACUUCAGCUGGUUGCGCUACGUCUGGUCCUGGAACCCCAACCCAAGCCACAUUCGCUGACAAGACUUCAACUUCGCUUGCAAACACCGUUGUCCAUCCCAACUACCGUCCAUCGGAAAUCCUCGCCGACGUAGCCCUCCUCAAGCUCAAUCGAGCAAUCGUUCCAUCCGCCCGGGUUUUCCCCGCAUGCAUCUGGACGAAUCUCACCCACACUCCACUGAACGUGGUGUUGAUCGCAGAAGGUGAAACGCAAAGCCGCGCACGCCAAGUGGCCCCCAUGUACAGUGCGGACUGUCAGCGGGACUACAAGCGGAAACUUACCGCGGAUCAUCUGUGCGUGGAUGAGCCGACAAUCGAGACUACGGGUACGUGCCUUAAAGCUGGAGACCAGCUCGUUUGGUACGGUCCUCAAGCGGAUCAACGGGGCAUGGCGGUGCCGUACCUCGUCGGGUUUCACAGCUAUGGAGAGCACUGUGAGGAGGGGAUUCCAGGGGUGUUUACGCGGCUUGCAAACUACGUGGACUGGAUUAGGGAAUAUGUGUGAUGCUCUUAGGCUUCAUCCAUAAAGUAUGUCACGCUAAAACCAGCCAAAAUUGAUUCAUUUUUAAGAGAUUUUGAAUCCUUUCCUCAAUUCAUUGGAUUUAAUUUUAAAAAGUACUAAAAUUAAUUUAAUAAUGGCAAUAAUUA